AUGAGGUUGCAAGAACUUCAAGAUGCUAUAAACAAACUCCCAUUGAGACAUCCAAUUGACGUCAAAUUGUAUUGGAGAGCAUCUGAGUUAGGUCAGAAGGUUUUAUAUGAAACAGGUUGCUUCGACGAUGUUUAUGAGAUAACAGGAGAAGUUUCUCAGAAGAUAAGAGACUCGCUUGAAUUUCCAAAAACUGGUCCGAUUGGAUGCGAUAAGUUCGACUCAGAUGAAAAAAUAUACUAUGUCGACCUUAACGCCGCAUACAUGAGGUUCGUCCAAUAUAUCCCGACUGGAAUUCCAAACGAAGAUGGUGAGUUCCCAGGAAGGAACUAUACAGUUGGAAAAGUCAUACAACAACUGUAUGAUAUUAGGAAAGCUUCAAACCCCAAACUUGCAAUGACAUUAAAAUUGCUUAUGAAUUCGACAUGGGGGUAUUCCAUUAAAAAACCUCAAGAGAUGAAGAGUAAACAUUAUGAGAAGGUCGACAACUUUGUUGAAAGGUUUUCUCCUUUUGUUUUGAAAUACGAAUUUACCGAAGGUGAAAGUGGCUUAGUAACCACAUUAAAACCUAUUGUCGAACAUUGGUCUUACCCUCAGUUCGCAAAAGCAGUCCUUGACGAGUACAACAAAUUCUUCUCCGAAGUCAAAUCCAAAGUCAAGGUUUACUAUGAGAACAUCGACGCACUCAUGACGAACGAAGAAGGCUAUAACAAACUCAUUGAAAUGGGAAUGGUCGGUGAAAAGAUGGGUCAAUUCAAAUUGGACAAAAUUUUCACCGAAGUUCAUGUCCUCUCCAAGC